ACGGGAUUGAAACUAGAGCAGCUUAGGUCACCAUUCGACUCUCUUUGCUUCCCAACACUCGUCAACCGCAUUUGCGGAGUAAAAAAUCAGCGAAAAAUAUCAGUCUAAGGUCAAACAUCGAUGUUGAUGACAGGACCUACACAGACCUUCCACAUUUUUGCUGGGAAUCCCUCAGAAUCUGCGUCUUUGAAAGGACAUAAAGCGAAAACUCCCAUUAUUGCAGGCAGCAUCUGUGGAACGUUACUCGGCAUUGCAUGGAUAAUCGGCUUCACCGCCUACUUCAUAACGCGUCGGAAGCGGAAGGCAAGGGAAGCUAGAGUAGCUGCAGGGUUGGAGCCUUCGAAAGAGCCGAAGAAACCUCAACGAUAUAUUAU